AUGUCCCGUGCCAAAGAGGAGGCCCUCGGUGCCUCCGGGAAAGACCUCGCAGUUGACGAUCUGCCCAAAGGCAUGUUCCACCACCUCGCUGAUCCUGCCGACCUCCCGGCCGCGAAGAAACCGUGCAUGGAUCCUGGCUCCAGGAACGCCCCCAAUUCUUCCCCCUCCACCUCCUCCGGCUCGGCUCCAGCGAUGCCUGCUUACUCUCCCGCGCCCCUCGCAGCCGCCGCUCUCACUGCUCCCCCAAUUGGCCUGGCGCCUACGCAGGCAGCAACUGCUGCAGCAGCUCCCAACACCUCGGCCACCCGCGCAACCGCCUACGCGUCCGUCGGCUCAGCCUCCAUCCUGGCUCCGGCGCUGCCCGCCUCGCUCUUCACCUCGCCCACUCCGGGUGCUCCCCCCCCCCAAUCUGCGGCGCGCGCGCACGGAGGCCGCCUCCCCGAUGCUUUCCCCCCUACGUCGCCGCAUGGUAGUCACCGUCCUCCUCCCGGAAGCCGGGCUGGAACCGUUGGAGACCCCUACCGUAUGGCCCGCCGUGUGUAUGGCUGCCUGCUCUUCUCAUGGCCGUCGCAGGAAGAUGCGGCGGCCUUCCGCAAGCUCUUUCCCCUCACCCUCAAAGUCUCCAACUCCCGCCCCCUUCUGCUCAAGGUGUUCGAGGACAGGUUUGCAGCCUUCACUGCUGCCAAGGCUGCCGGCGCACCCACCCUGUCUAUCCGCAACGUCCCUUUGGAUUUCGAUCCAGAGGACAUCCGCGCCUACCUCCUUGGCUCCACCGAACCUGAUGGCUCGCACUGGCUGGCGGAUUUGACGGACUUUCACCGCGCUUCGGACCCCUACGAGGACACGUAUAUCACUCACCUUGCAGGACUUCCAGUCGCCACCCCCGAUGACCCGGAUUUCGAGCGCAUCCUAUCCCGAAAUCCCAAUGGAGGAGAACAAACCUCCCAUGCUGCUCAACUUUUCCAGCCACGUGUGCGCACUCUCCCCCUCACCCCACUUUACUCCCUUGCUGCCCCACCCCCCGCUUUUCUCACGGCGGCUGGGCGUCCUCGAACACUUACGCCCACCCCCCUUCUUCACUCUGCCCCUGCCUACCCUUUGCCCCGUAGUCAACACACCCUCCCGGAUCUCUCACCCCCCCCUGUCUCCUCACCAGCCGAUCCCCUGCACAGCCACGAGCUUCCCCCACCCGCUCAACCCCCCCCUACCCCUGCGUCUCCCCACUCUCUACCUGUGCAGCCCCACCCCUUGGGACCCAUCCCCCACCUCGCGCCCGGGCUUUGGCCCUUUGCUCCCCAUUGUACCCACCCCACCCCUCUUCUCACCCCCCACUCCUGCCCCCCCCCGCCAACAACCUCCCCCACAGGAACCCUCCGCUGCCUCUUCCCUCUCUCCCUGUCUGCACUCUCACCACCCUCCUCCCCUACAGCUCUCAGCUUUCCCUGUCCCCUAUAUGGCUGGGCCUUCUUCCAUCCUUGCUCCCUUCCUAGCUGCCCCCCCCCCUUUUCGAAUGCUCUGCCCCAUGCAAGCAACAUCCUGGGGAACCACGCCGCGCCGACCACUUUCCGCAACGACCCCGGCCUUCUCUACGUUGGGCUGGACGACAAGGUCGAGACCUGGACAUGCGCGCUCUGCGAUUUCACCUGCGGCGCUGCCCUGGACAGCGCCAUGGUCCACAUUCAGUCCGCUAUGCACACCUCCCGCGUAAAGGCUAUGGCCCACCGCCCGGCAGCCAAGGAGGCUUUCGGCCCGUGGAGCGCGCAGAAGCCUUCGGUGGCUACCUUCCUUCGUGGCUGA